GCCGCUUAGACAGGUUAUGAAAGGUAUGCCAUCACAAAAUUUGUCAGUAAAGGGAAUCUUGGAAAACGACUGGGAAGUGUUAGCGCCGCAUCAAGAUGAAUCUAUAAAACGACUAGGAAUGACCAUUCAGUUGGAGCAAGAAUCGUAUUUGACAGUGCAUCCCGAGAUAAAAUCGAUGAUGUCUUCUUUCGUCGCCAAAAUGAUUCAUUUGGGCAAGAGAAAGGAAAUAUUAAAAGAAGCUGCUGAGUAUUUUACAAGACCAGCUGAAGUUCUCGAUAAAGAAAUAAGAGAUUCGUUAGGUCUAUCAUCAAAUGCACCAUAUUUACAGAAGGAUAAAGUUGUUUUUCAAUACGAAGACAUAGAUUUGAAAAAUGAUUUAAAUAAAAUAUAUACCAAACAUAAUCCACCGAAAUUUGUUGAAACCCCUGAAGAAAGUAUCGGUCACUUAAACACAGAAUCUUCAUCGUUUAUAUCUAUUGUUACUUCCGCUACCACCGUACCUACACCAGAACCUGUCCCAACACCGGAACCAACAUUAUCGGAGACUAUGUUCGCACUUGUUUCGAAUACGGUUGACAAAGCUGUAUAUCAACAUGUCAACGAUGAUAUACUUCGUUACGAUACCGCUUACGUAGAACUUGUAAAGGCUGUUGAAGAAGCUAUGGAAAUACCGGUUAUAGAGAUUAGAGAAGACAUAGCAGAACUAUUUUACACGGCGUACAGUUUGUUCGAAUUUGAUAUUAUAGCAAAAGAAAAACUUGCCGCUGAAAGAGCGUGGGAAAAAAGAAUGAGAAAGAAAUUGAAGAGAACUUUACGUCGAAUGAAUAAUUUUAAAGGUUAUGAGACACCGCCAACACCUAAGAGUGAACCUUCUUCGCAUGAGAGUUACAAAUUACCCCCACCUCGCCCAUGCAUCUGUCAUCCCCAAUAUAAUUAUAACCGAUAUCCUAAGGAUCGUUUCGGAAUAUAUCAGCCAAUAUGUCCGUCGAAGUUUAGCGAAGGUAAUGCAACAGUAACUCCUGCGAUAUCGGUAGAAGAUCUGACUGAAACACAAGCGGAAGAGAAAUGCGACACGAAAUCAAUAAUGAGUAAAAAGUCUACCGUGUCUGGAAAAAGUGCAGUUGGCAAGAAGUGCGCUUUUAAUUAACAUAUUUGCAGA